AUGAAUUCUGGUGUUGAAGACAUUGUCAAAUAUUGUAUUCGUCCAACCGAUGGUCGAAAUCCAACGAUGAGCACUUUUGUCGGCACGAAUCAUCGAAAUUUUACUUUUGACGAAUUGCAACGUUUGAAUGUUACUUCACGUGAAGUUCUCUUAUGGUCAUCUUCGAUCGAUCUUGCUGAGCGAUAUCAAUUUUAUAUUGAUCAAUCGACUAAAUCUAGCCAAUUAAAUGAACUAUUCUUCAAUUGUACACCGCCAUGGUUUGGAGUGCGUUGUCAAUAUUCAUUUGAACUAGUGUCCAAUGUUGCCGAUAGGAUAAUAAAUGUUCCAUAA